AUGCCAUUCGGAAGAAGUAUUCUACAGAAGAAAAGCCUGUUACGAGUAAGUGGAGAAGAAAGAUCUACAGAGAUUCUUAUCUCAUUCCAUUCCAGUGGCUCAACCAGUAACCAAUGGCGAAAACUAAAAAAUCCAUGGUUUCCCGGUAGAACCCUAUUUCGCCCAAGUUGUUUCGGAACCGGAAAAAAGAAGCGGUUUUUCGCACAGCUUGCUCAUAGUGCAGGUCCCACUUGUAUAUUGUAUUUGGCCGAAGAAGCAUCAGACAGGUUGGAGUUCUUACCUUCUUGGGACUCCAUGGACCAAGAUCUGCUUUUAUUAUAUGGUCAAUACCGAUCUACUUUAGUAGAUCAUAUGGAUGUAGAAAAAGCUUAUUAUAAUUUUGAUGAAUUGGAAACAUCUCUUUUCCAUUUCUAUUUACCCAGUUCAUAUCUUUCUUUCGUGUGUUCCCGGGAGGAAUUCGAUCUCUUCAAUCUCGGAAUACCACCUAAAUAA